AUGGAUUCUUCCAAACUGAAGGCCAUGGAAGAGAUGAAUGAGAGCCCAACAGUAAAGAACACUUUUACUGCCAUUCAUAUUCACACAUACUGUAUCUUAAACCUUUGACUCUUAACAGCACAAAUUAACUAAUCAAGAGCCAAGGUUGGAGUAAAAAACGAAGAAUAAAACAUUAGCUGUGUGUACCGCACAUAUGCUCUCGGAGAUAAUCUCUCUUUAUCCCUUUCUCUCUCUUUCUCAGCAGCACCUGAUUUCAUCUCUGUUGGCAGUAGCGUUCCUCACUUCCUUCGGGAGCUCCAUGCGCUAUGGCUAUAACCUGGCAGUGGUCAACUCCCCCGCAGUGGUAAGACCAUUGCACUACACUCAACUGAUAUUCUCUAGAUUGUACAUUCCAUACUUGCUUGCAUUGAAUACUCUGCUGUGGACAAAUCCUAAUGUGUGGAACCCAGAAUCUCACCCAAAUCAUGUAUUGAUGUCAAUGGGAGAUGUGCGUGAUCAUUGAAGUUACAUGCACACAAUUUAGGAUUCAGCCUACUUUCACCAGUCUACACUAUUGACUAUUUGACUAUGGGCUGAAUCCCAUAGAGAUCCUAUUAAAUUACUAAUUCCUAAUUCUAUGCUGAAUCCUAUGUGCAUGUAAUUUUCUCACAAAUCUCCCAUGGAUAUUAAUAUGAUUUUAUGAAGUUUGUAUUAUGAGUAUACAGUCACCUCAAAUUAUUGGCACCCUUGAUAAAGAUGAGCAAAAAAGACUGCAUAAAAUAAAUAAUACAAAUACCGAGCUAUAUUGUAUGCUAAUUUUUUGUGUGAAAAUUGUGUUAUUUGAUACUAAUACAAUUGCUUAGAGAAAGAGAUUUUGUUUAAGAAGUUUUUUUUUUAUCAAGAAAAUAUGUGUGUCAAAAUUAUUGGCACCCCUAAGAUUCUUAUAAAUAAAAUCAAGCCAAAUGAAAGAUGCAUUAACAUUCUACGUAGCACACACCCCAAUGCAUUUUGGUCCCCCUGCAGGUCGAGGCCCCCUAGAUAGCAUAUGAACACAUCAUAAGCCAUGUAAAAUAAAAAAUAAACAAGCAUCAAAUAACAUAUACGAGCAGGAAACAAAUAGAUGUAACCCAGACUUAAUCUAUGCUAAUUUAGCUAUUCAAAACUAAAAUUAAAUAAAAAGAUGCAAACAAAAAACUAUUAAAUAAGAUUCAAUAUUUACAAAAUGUACAGGAGCUCUCUGCCUAGGCGACCUCACGGCGCCAUGGCAAAAUAGAAACGUGUAGAAUAGCAGGACAUUUGCUGUAAAACAAUUUUUUAAAUAUAUAUAUUUUUGAUGGGGUUGCUUGAACCUGGGGGGGUGGGGGGGUUCAAGUCUCUAAAUCUACAAUUAGACGCCACCUCCAUGCCAAUAGGCUAUUUAGAAGGGUUGCCAUGAAAAAUACUUUCUUGAGAGCAACCAACAAAUGUAAAUGCCAAACGGCAUUGGCACUUGGAUUGGAACCAGGUGCUAUAGUCAGAUGAGAAGAAAAUAGAGCUCUUUAGCCAUGCACACCAGUGGUGGGUUUGGCCUCGAAAGAAGGAUGCAUAAGCAGAAAAUAACCUCAUACCUACUGUAAAAUAUGGUGGUGGAUCUUUGAUGUUAUGGGGCUGUUUUUCUUCCAAUGGUCCGGAGACCCUUGUUAAGAUCUCUACUAAGUACCAAGACAUUUUAGCCAAAAACCUGGUUGCUUCUGUCAGGAGAGGCUAAAACUUGGCUGCAAGUGGAUCUUCCAGCAAGACAAUGACCCCAAGCAAGGGGAGGGUGAACAAAGUAUUGAAAACAGGGGUGCCAAUAAUUUUGACACCUAUCUUUAGAUCCAGCCACUCCAAAGCUAAUGCUAAGUGUAUCCUGCAUCCCAAAGCUAAUGCUAAGUGUAUCCUGCAUCCCAAUGCUAAUGCUAACUGUAUCCUACAGCCCAAUGCUAAUGCUAACUGUAUCCUACAGCCCAAAGCUAAUGCUAACUGUAUCGUACAGUCCAAUGCUAAUACUAACUGUAUCCUGCAGCCCAGGGGUGCCACUUUGGUUUUAGAAGUGGGGGGGACAUAACCUGGCAAGGGUAUGGGGGUCCUCCCCCAGAAUGUGUUGGGCAUCUAAAGCUCAUUUCCUGCAUUUUUACACAAUCCAAUAUGCUGUCUCUAUUUAGAACAAAAAGUAAGCACAAUUGCCCACAGUCAUCAAGCUAGGUAAAAUAUCAUUAUUAAAUAUGUUUAAGUUAUAAAUACGACUGAACUAGAUCAAAGGUAAUUCAAUAAUACAUAUUGUGAUGCACCUUUAACCAAUAGCCUAACAAAGGAACAACUCUUGAAAAAAUACAGACUUUUGAUUUUUAUUAAGACAUCCUCUAUAUCAAAUUUCAGCUAGACCGACCAGCCAGCCCGAGCCGCCUGUACGCCCGACCCCCACCAGUCUAGUCAAUAACUCAACUCUCUCCCAACACAAGUUCCUUCGCAGUUCCCACCUUUAAUUUUUUUUGUUCCCAAUGGAAAGAUUUGGAAACAACAACAAAAAACCCACAAGAAAACCCACAUACACCUCAAAUAUACAUUAACACACAGAAACAGCAAAUCCUACAUAUAAUUAAUCUUAUAGGCCUAAUAGUACUUUAGAGCUCUUUUUACUUGCACACAAUAUAGCUGGGUAGCACCGUCCUGUCCUUAGGGGUCCACCACCCUGCAGCGCCCCAACUCAACACACCCCACUCAGCCUUAGGAUCUUAGUGAAACAUUAAUUAUUGGUUCCGGGUCUGUCAGGCCAAGGCCAGAGUGACAACCCACAGGACUGCAGACCCCCAGGGCCAGGACUGAGCAGUCCAGCAGCUAGGGAUUGCCUAAAUAGGUAUCUCCCCUGACGUGGGCAUGUUUUCAAUACAGACUCCUUUAGUCAUACUGUAUUCCAUAUAAGGCAUCCAGACUUUAUGAAAGUUGCCCAGUAUACCUUUAAUCUGGUAAUAAAUCAAAGCUAGUGAUACAAACUUGACAUUGUGGGAGGAUAACCAACCUUCCAAUUAAGGGCAAUGCAUUUAGCCGCUAUAAAUACUUGGUUACACAGUUUCUUCAGAUAACAGUCUCCAGUAUCAACAUUUCCAAGCAAACAAAAACAGGGAGAAGGGAGAAUCUGUAGACAUGCUGAGAUAAAAUAACACACUCUUUGCCAGAAUUCAGCCACCCUUCACAAGACCAUAACAUAUGCAAAUAAGAUACCUUUUGUGUUUUACAGCUCCAGCAGAGGAAUGAUAUUUCCCCUCUCUCCGCUGGGAUUCUCUGCCUCUGACCCUAUUACGGGGGCUGAGUCACUGGCUUAUUAGUGUUCUUCCAUGCCGUCCCUAGGAGGGGUGCAUAACGUCGUGCUAGGCUUUUUUUCGCUAUACUCGACUUGAGUGGUUUGAGUCACUGAUGUGAUCUUCCUCUCUGGUAUGCGACCCCUCGGGCUCGUGAGGUGGAGGAGAUCUUCGUGGGCUAUACUCAGCCUCGUCUCAGGGUAGUAAGUUAGGUCUGUUGAUAUCCCUUUAGUGGUGUGGGGGCUGUGCUUUGGCAAAGUGGGUGAGGUUAUAUCCUGCCUGGUUGGAUAUGGGUGGGGGUAUCAUCGGAUGGGUCCACAGUGCUGUCUUAUCUGGUGUCGUGUGAACUUAAGUAUGCGCCCUCUAAGUCUCCCAUCUCGCUCUCUCUCCCCUCCCAGAGGACCUUAGCCCUAGGACCAUGCCUCAGAACUACCUGGCCUGAUGACUCCUGGCUGUCCCCGUCCCCAGUCCACCUGGUCGUGCUGCUGAUCCAGUUUCUGCUGUUUUUCCUGUGGCUAUGGAACCCUGACCUGUUCACCAGACAUGCUACCUUGUCGUGCUGCUGCUCCAGUUUCAACUGUUCUGCCUGCAGCUAUGGAACCCUGACCUGUUCACUGGACGUGCUACCUUGUCCGGGACCUGCUUUUUCGACCCUCUCUCUCUCUCUACCGCACCUGCUGUCUCGACCUCUGAAUGCUCGGCUAUGAAAAGCCAACUGACAUUUACUCCUGAGGUGCUGACCUGUUGCACCCUCUACAACCACUGUGAUUAUUAUUUGACCCUGAUGGUCAUCUAUGAACGUUUGAACAUCUUGAAGAAUGAUGGCCUGAUUCACGCAGUCUCCUCUGAACAGUUGAUGUUGAGAUGUGUCUGUUACUUGAACUCUGUGAAGCAUUUAUUUGGGCUGUAAUUUCUGAGGCUGGUAACUCUAAUGAACUUAUCCUCUGCAGCAGAGGUAACUCUGGGUCUUCCUUUCCUGUGGCGGUCCUCAUGAGAGCCAGUUUCAUCAUUGCGCUUGAUGGUUUUUGCGACUGCACUUGAAGAAACUUUCAAAGUUCUUGACAUUUUCAGUAUUGACUGACCUUCAUGUCUUAAAUUAAUGAUGGACUGUUGUUUCUCUUUGCUUAUUUGAGCUGUUCUUGCCAUAAUAUGGACUUGGUCUUUUACCAAAUAGGGCUAUCUUCUGUAUACCACCCCUACCUUGUCACAACACAACUGAUUGGCUCAAAUGCAUUAAGAAGGAAAGACAUUCCACAAAUUAACUUUUAACAAGGCACACCUGUUAAUUGAAAUGCAUUCCAGGUGACUACCUCAUGAAUCUCAAAUAUAAAAUAUAUUUUGAUUUGUUUAACACUUUUUUGGUUACUACAUGAUUCCGUAUGUGUUAUUUAAUAGUGUUGAUAUCUUCACUAUUAUUCUACAAUGCAGAAAAUAGUAAAAGUAAAGAAAAACCCUUUUGACUGGUUCUGUAUAUUUUUAGAGCAUGACCAAACAUUUUUCUGUUUUUAUGGUUGAAACACACUAAGGCCAAAUUACUGUUGUCAGAACAAACUUCACACACACAAUGGAGCUAGCUGACAGUGCGCAUGAACAAUGCAAGGUCUGUCUCUUCCUGUCUCACCGUUCCUCCACUGAGUAUGUGAGUGGUUGAAUUGAUCCUGAAUUGGCCAAACUGUAUGGACUGAUGGUAAAUUGAUUAAGAGGUUGAGGUAAAAGAGGACAGGGCAGUGGAAUUGAAUUAGUCCUGGUCUGUGACCCGACAAUGCCAGGGAGAGAGGAGCAGCACGGGCCACAUGACAAGGACUCCCAGCUUGGCUGUGAUUCUGCAUUCCCCUCUAAAGGUUCUGAUUGGCCAGAUAGAGAUGGAUUGAAUGUGAGUGUGGCUUUCUCAUUGGCACUGGCAUUUUGGCUGUCAUUUUGGGAAAGUAAGAAUGACAAUUAGGGAGUGUGUUGUAUGUUUUGAUGCUGGUGACAAAUUGAAGUCGUAGUGACAUUAUCUAACCCAUUGUAUGUUAUACAGUAAUUUGAAUGGUGUCAGAUGAUGGUUAUGUGAUAACAUCUCUUUGCCCCUCUCAAUUUAAUUCUACUCAAUGACCUCAAUCGGCAUGAAAGGUAUCUUACUUACACUGCCAAAUCAAGAGCACAAGAACAAAUUAACAUUAACAUUGACAUUUUAGUCAUUUAGCAGACGCUCUUAUCCAGAGCGACUUACAGUUAGUGAGUGCAUACAUUUUUCAUACAUAAUUAAAUCAAUGAAAAGUCAUCAUAGUGAUUAACAGUAGUAAUACUGUUAUAGUAAUACUAUUUCAAUCCCCCCUCUUUCUUUAUAUCUUUCUCCCUGUUUCUCUCUAUCCCUCAGUACAUUAAAGACUUCUACAAUAGAACAUCAGUGAGUCGUCAUGGCACAUGGCUGGGUGGGGAGGCUCUGACCCUCAUGUACUCUCUCACCGUGUCAAUCUUUGCCAUUGGGGGUCUACCGGGGAUCCCUCAUGGUGGGCAUGCUCGUCACCAGGUUCGGCAGGUGAGAUCCUCACACACUCCCCAUACACACACUCCCAGUGACACACACUCCUAUACAGGGUUUACACUGGAUGAUUCCACCAUAAUAUAUUGGGUUUUAGAAGUUAAAUAUUCUCUGCUCCCCAUUCGAGACAGUGUUCAUCUUUAUUUACACCUUUGUAUGUGUAAUACAUGUUAGAAUGGACCUAAUGAAAGGGAAGGCAUGACUGGAUUUGGAAAGUCCUGUCCUUUGAAGACCUUUGAUUUGGUUUUGGUCAAUGGCUGAGCCCUCCAGACUCUGCGGCUGCAGGGUGGCUGUUGGCCAGUUGACAUGAACAGCCUCAGAGACACACUGCAGCAUCUGGAGCUCUGGGCACUGCCAUCCUGCCUGGCACUCUGAGCUAGUCACAUACACACACCACUGAGGGCAUUAGAGUUGUGCCUCCAUCUAUCACCCCUGAGUGACCUUCUGCCCUCUGACCCCAGGGAUGACCCUGCCCUGGCUCCCUUGGUCUCCUCUGCCCUUCAGAGCACACAAUGUCCGUCCUGUCUGCCUUUCAGAGUGCAUAGUGUUUACUUACCCUGUGCCCUUUAGAGUUCUAACUCUUUUCCCUCAAAAUAAUGUAGGCCCUGAGCGAAUUUCAAGUCUGCUGAGCACAAACUUGAACUUUGUGAAAAUUCUGUGCAACUUCCAGCGCGCGUUUACUGUGAACACAGCCUGUACCCGUUUUAAGUUAGAGUUUUAAGUGACCAAGUAGGCUACUGUGGCUGUUUGAUCAUCAUGUAGGCCUACCAGAGUGGCCUACCAUCAAAAACAAUGGAGAAAAUGCAUAACAUAACAUUUUAACAUGGAAAUAGCUGUUCUAUCAUUCAGCCUACAGUAGCAGCAAAUGUGUGGUGUUCAAUGUAGACCUAUAUUCCAUGAAAAAAACAAAAACAUGCAGGGCUUGACAUUAACCUGUUUAUCCACUUGUCCUUCAGACAAGGAGGUGACUUAAAAUGUUGUUGUGUUGUUUGAUGCAAGAAACGACUUUACAAAAUAAAAUGUAUUAUUAUUCCCAUACCAUUAUUACAGAGAAUCAGACAAAUUAUGUUACCCCCUCCCUAUUGGCUACUUAGCUUAUUCAAGCCUGUCUCAAAAUACAACACUUCCCCUUUAAGACAAAAAAAAAAAGCUCUUUACCUGAAUGGCUUUUCAAAGAUGUCUAGAAAUGUACACGUUUUGUGCUUUUGUAGGAAGCAAUCACUCCCCCAUUGUGGACUACAAAUGAGCUAUAACUGGGCUAAUAACUCACUAACUAGCAAAGAAUAUGAGCAAAUGUGCACACGUGGCUAGCUCUCGCUUUGAUCUCAAAACAAGCGCAUCUACAUACGACCGCUCGUGCUGUAAACAGUCCAGUUCAAAGUGAAUGGCACAGAUCCAUAAAUGGCAAUGGUCUAUUUGUGUAUAGGCCUACUGCAGCUCUGAUUGGUUAUGGCGCACCUGUCUGUGUAGAGUACGGGCUGAGUAGUGCCUGUCAAUCCAAUAGAAUCCUACUUCGAUCCGCUCUGCCUACAACAAAAUCUCUUGCGUAGUUAGUUUUGCAUACUACGUUUGCGUAGUUCGUUUUGGUUUUGGUAUAUUGCAUUGAAAGUGGCAAAUAUUGCGUUGAUUCGAUCACAAUUCCCACAGUAAAGGGAAACAUUGAUAGUGUUAACUAAUGGGGGAAACUCUAGAAAGUUGAGUGAACUUCGCGGGGCUGAUAUUUCUUCUGCUCAGUGGAGCUGCGCGCCCACGCAUGUGCGCGGCUUAGAGGGAACAUUGCAAACUACCCUAUGGUGUACACUCUCUCUGUCCCCUCUACACUGCACACUACCUGUCCCCUAUACCCUUUGGAGUGCAGUCAGUGCACUCUCUGUCCCCUCUGCCCAGCUCUUUAAAUAGUUUUUUUGUAUUCAGUGCAGGCUUAGAUCUAAUUUAUCUAAAGCAUUCAAACGAUCUGACUGGACAUUUAUAUGCUAAUGAAAGAGAACAAUUUACGAGCACAGGUAUGAGCUGAUCAAUUUCAUCACCCAGCAGUGUUUUAUGGGUGAUCAGAACUCUCAACGCCCUCCCUGACUGUAUAUUUGGGGGAGACUUUACUACUCUAUGUCAUAAAACAAAAAUAUGUACUCCUGCUAUUGCCUCUGGUCCAUGUGCUUUUAUGCACCGCUUGUGCAAAUACAUAAAUACAACAGUUUGGGGUUUGGUACAUUAAUUAGCUGGCUCUGAUAAUCUAAGCGUUUUAAUGGUGGACGGCCAACCAUAACUUUUGCGUGUGUGUGUAUAGGAAAGGCACGGUGAUGAACUCGACGGUGUUGGUGUUCAGCGCUGGAUCACUCAUGGGCUUCAGCAGGAUCUGUGGCUCUCCAGAGAUGGUCAUCUUUGGUCGCUUCGUCACGGGGAUCCACUCCGGUACAAACAUAUCAGUGUGUCCACUCAGUGAGAGGGGUAGUGUUCAGGGGUGAGAGUUAGAGUUAAGAUAAGGGUCAAGGUUCAGGAGUGGUCAAGGUUCAAUCAGUCAGAGUUCUAUACAUAUAUAUGUGGCACAAUAGCUGGAUAAAGUUACGAAUGUUGCAAUGAAAAGAAGGUGAAUGUUUGCUCACUGUUUAAUGUUUCCAUCCACGUUGUCAUUGUUGUGUUGUAUUGUGAAGGUAUCUCUCUGAGUGUGGUGCCCAUGUAUCUGGGAGAGAUAGCUCCUAAGAACCUGCAUGCUUUCCUGGGGCUCGUGCCCAGCAUCUUCAUCUGUGCUGUGGUCUUCUCGGCCCAGAUCCUGGGUCUACACGAACUUCUGGGAAAGGUACGCCAAAGACCAGGAAAAGCUUUAAACGUGGCAUUCAUAUGCUUAGAGAACUAUAUCUUUAUUAAUGUAUACCAGAGGUGAGCUGUAGGUUAAGUGGAGGUGACAAGUGGCAAGCCUUGUGGUCCUCUGUAGCUCAAUUGGUAGAGCAUGGCGCUUGUAACGCCAGGGUAGUGGGUUCGAUCCCUGGGACCACCCAGACCUAAAAAUGUAUGCACACAUGACUGUAAGUCGCUUUGGAUAAAAGCGUCUGCUAAAUGGCAUAUUAUAUCAUAUUAUUGUCACGGUUCCGUGAUCGCAGCAGGAUAAAGGAGUGUAUUUGUGUGUUUAAUGGGAGUGUGUACCUGUGUGUGUUGGUUUCUCACUACCUCCGUCUGCUCCUCCUGCUGAUUACCCCCGUGUCUAGAGUGAACCUCCCCCACAGCCCCAAAUUGAAUUUAAAUUGAAUGUUAGUGGUUGUCCACUGUUACUCUGUGCCCAUGCUGUGCCAGGCUGUGCCACCUGUGCCCAUGCCCCACAAGCCCAAAUAUGUCUGUCUCUCUUGCAGCUCUGGUUCUAUACCAAUGACAUCUUUGAGAACGCGGGCAUCCUAGCUCCAGAGAUCCAGUACAGUACAGGAGCCAUCGAGAUCAUCGCUGGCCUCAUUAGGGUGAGUCUAUGGGAUUUGGGUUAAGUUUGCGCUGUCAUAGUUUUCUCUUUUAAUGGUUCUCUUAUUAAUGUUUUGUUGCUUUCCGUCUCUUUGUACAGUAUCUCGUGUUUCUCUCUCCCUCUCUCUCUAGUGUUUUACCAUAGAGAAGCUGUGCAGAAGGCCUCUCAUCAUCGGGGGGUUUCUAGUCAUGGGAUUCUGCUGUGCUGGGAUCACCCUCUCCCUCAUUUUACAGGUGUGUAUUUGUGUGUGUGUGGGUGUGUUUUUACUAUAUUAAUUUACUCCUUGUGAUACGACAGAGUACUUUAUUCAAUUUGAUUAAUCAAUCCCAUUUAUUUUAUAAAGCCAUUUUUACAUCAGCAGUUUUAACAAAGUGCUUUACAGAUACCCAGCCUAAUACCCCAGAGCAAGCAAGCAAUGCAGAGGCAGAAGCACAGUGGCUAGGAGAAACUCCCUAGAAGGCUGGAACCUAGGAAGAAAUCUAGAGAGGAACCAGGCUCAGAGGGGUGGUCAGUCCUUUUCUGGCUGUACCGGGUAGAGAUUUAGGAGUGGCCAACUAUGACAGUCAGUAUAUUCCUUAAGGAGAUUUCUAAGUGAGGUCAUGGCAACUUAUAUCUUCUACUUCUGCUUACAGGUUCACUUACCAUUCAUGUGUUAUGUCAGUGUUGGAUGUGUUAUCAGUAUCAUUGCUGGUUUCUGCAUUGGGCCAGGUGAGCUGCGUUCUUCUACAAACUUGAUCUUCAAAUCAAAUCAAAUCACAUUUUAUUUGCCACAUGCGCCGAAUACAACAGGUGUAGACAUUACCGUGAAAUGCUUACAGCCCUUAACCAACAAUGCAUUUAUUUUUUUAUAGAAAAGUAAAAUAAAACAACAACAACAACAAAAAGUGUUGAGAAAAAAAAGAGCAGAAGUAAAAUAAAAUAACAGUAGGGACGCUAUAUACAGGGGGGUACCGGUGCAGAGUCAAUGUGCGGGGGCACCGGCUAGUUGAGGUAGUUGAGGUAAUAUGUACAUGUGGGUAGAGUUAAAGUGACUAUGCAUAAAUAAUUAACAGAGUAGCAGCAGCGUAAAAAGAUGGGGUGGGGGUGGGGGUGGGGGUGAGGGGGGGCAGUGCAAAUAGUCCGGGUAGCCAUGAUUAGCUGUUCAGGAGUCUUAUGGCUUGGGGGUAGAAGCUGUUGAGAAGCCUUUUGGACCUAGACUUGGCGCUCCGGUACCGCUUGCCGUGCGGUAGCAGAGAGAACAGUCUAUGACUAGGGUGGCUGGAGUCUUUGACAAUAUUGAGUGUUUUCCUCUGACACCGCCUGGUAUAGAGGUCCUGGAUGGCAGGAAGCUUGGCCCCAGUGAUGUACUGGGCCGUACGCACUACCCUCUGUAGUGCCUUGCGGUCGGAGGCCGAGCAGUUGCCAUACCAGGCGGUGAUGCAACCAGUCAGGAUGCUCUCGAUGGUGCAGCUGUAUAACUUUUUGAGGAUCUGAGGACCCAUGCCAAAUCUUUUCAGUGUCCUGAGGGGGAAUAGGCUUUGUCGUGCCCUCUUCACGACUGUCUUGGUGUGUUUGGACCAUGAUAGUUCGUUGGUGAUGUGGACACCAAGGAACUUGAAGCUCUCAACCUGUUCCUCUACAGCCCCGUCGAUGAGAAUGGGGGCGUGCUCAGUCCUCUUUUUUUUCCUGUAGUCCACAAUCAUCUCCUUUGUCUUUGUCACGUUGAGGGUGAGGUUGUUAUCCUGGCACCACACGGCCAGGUCUCUGACCUCCUACCUAUAGGCUGUCUCAUCAUUGACGGUGAUCAGGCCUACCACUGUUGUGUCGUCGGCAAACUUAAUGAUGGUGUUGGAGUCGUGCCAGGCCUUGCAGUCAUGGGUGAACAGGGAGUACAGGAGGGGACUGAGCACGCACCCCUGAGGGGCCCCCGUGUUGAGGAUCAGCGUGGCAUAUGUGUUGUUACCUACCCUUACCACCUGGGGGCGGCCCGUCAGGAAGUCCAGGAUCCAGUUGCAGAGGGAGGUGUUUAGUUCCAGGAUCCUUAGCUUAGUGAUGAGCUUUGAGGGCACUAUGGUGUUGAACGCUGAGCUGUAGUCAAUUAAUAGCAUUCUCACGUAGGUGUUCCUCUUGUCCCGGUGGGAAAGGGCAGUGUGGAGUGCAAUAGAGAUUGCAUCAUCUGUGGAUCUGUUGGGGCGGUAUGCAAAUUAAAGUGGGUCUAGGGUUUCUGGGAUAAUGGUGUUGAUGUGAGCCAUGACCAGCCUUUCAAAGCACUUCAUGGCUACAGAUGUCAGUGCUACGGGUCGGUAGUCAUUUAGGCAGGUUAUCUUAGUGUCCUUGGGCACGGGGACUAUGGUGGUCUGCUUGAAACAUGUUGGUAUUACAGACUCAGUCAGGGACAUGUUGAAAAUGUCGGUGAAGACACUUGCCAGUUGGUCAGCACAUGCUCGGAGUACACGUCCUGCUAAUCCGUCUGGCCCUGCGGCCUUGUGAAUGUUGACCUGCUUAAAAGUCUUACUCACAUCGGCUACGGAGAGCGUGAUCACAUAGUUAUCAGGAACAGCUGGUGCUCUUACUCUUUUCCUUUCUCCUUAUGAAUUUACUUUCCAUUCAUUUUUGAGCCGAGAACACACACACACAUCCAGGCUUCAUACAGGGAGACAUUGGGGUUGGGUCGCUUACCCGAUUUGCUGGUGUCCGACCUCUGAUGCACUUCGGUGCUGUGUAGGGAAAUGGCGCCCUCUGGAGGUCGAAGUUGAGAGGUUGUAAAUGCAGCCAAUGGCCUUGCUCUAAUCUCCCAAUUAUCUGCCUGUGUGUGAUGAUGAUGUUUACAUCCCAUGUAAGAGAGACAAAUGAGAGUGUGCUCUGUAGAGAUGUAUGCAGCCUAUGAUGUAUGUAUGUACAGUCCCUCCUACAUCCCCCUUUGGUCCUUAGUGGAUUGGCUCAUUCUGUUUGGGAUCCUGUCUUUAAUUAGGCCUCCUCGCGCCUCAUUGGUCAGAAACAUGAUGUAUGCUGCCACUCAAGAGCAAAUAAAGAUGAAUAAUGAAUCGGGGGCCUAACUCCUCAUCAGUCUAAAAGUGUUAUUCUUCCGGUACCCACAAUAAUCAGUCACAAAUAAUUAUGCACAAAUAAUGCUGCCUUGACUCAUGUUCAUUCAUAGGGUCAUUAGCGGUGUAGUGACACAAGGCAUUGCAUAUUCAUCACCUGUGACCAAACGUUAUUAGACACUCCACUUCCGGUAACACUUUAUAUGAAUUGGGUAUACAUAAAGCAUUCUUAACACCUUUAUGAAACCAGUCAUCACACCUUCAUGAAUGUUGCAGUAUCAUUCAUACAACAUUCAUAACACAUGUAUUCAACAUAAUUCAUAAAGGGUCUUUCUAAACAAAAGUCCCUUUACAUUAUAGUACAAAACGUUUUUUUAAAAAUCAAGAUUGUGUUAGCCUGCUGAGAUAAAGGCAAGGCAUUAGUUUGUGGAGCUAAUACAAGUCUUCAGGUCUCAGCUAAGGUUGCUUAUUACCUCCAUUACAAUGUCAAACAAUUGCUGAGGUGCCAUCCAGACCUGGGUUUAAAUAGUUUGCUUGAGCCUGAGCGUUUGCUUGAGCCUGCCUGGAAUCCCAGAUGGGCAGGUAGGGUUUGCACUUUUGGGACUAUGCCAUUAAUUCCAUUGCACCAGGAAAGCUCAAUCAAGCACAGCUAGUUUAUCUAUUUGAAAGAUGCCUACACCCAGGGCUGGUGCUAUUUCCUACUGCCAUUGUGACCUUGAGCAAAACAUUUAACCCCUAAACUGCUACAAGGGUAAUGCUUUAAGGCUGACCCUGUACUGCUCCCAGCCUGUUGCGUGAAUAUCGUGUCAGGGUGUCACGGAUUCAGCCGAGGCUGCUCCUCCUCCUUGCUCGGGCAGGCUUCGGCGUUCGUCGUCGCCAGAGUACUAGCUGCUACCGAUCUAUGUUUCUGUGUUCUACUUGUUUUGUCUUUAUUGUUCACACCUGGUUCCCGUUAUGUAUUGAUUUCUUCCCUAUUUAACCCUCUGGCUCCCACUGUAUGUUGUGCGUGUUUGUUCAUGUUUGGUUGUCGUCUGGUGAGCGGGUUUGUUUCCUCCCUGUGUGGAGGUUAUGUUAUUUACGUUACCUACGAGUAAAGUACGUUUUCGAUUAGCUCUGUGUCCUGCGCCUGACUUCGUCCUACCGCAUCACACUGACCUCCUAACACAGGGGUUUGGGUACUGUGACAGUAAAUACAUUUUUAUUCAAUGGGACUUUUAUUUUGAAAACUCCUUAUGAAUGAUGUUGAAUAAAUGUGUUUUGAAGGUUGUUAUGAAUGAUACUGCAUCACUCAUAAAGGUGUUAUGACUGGUGUUAUGUAUACCCCCUACAUAUAACGUGUUACCCCACUUCCGUACUUCCUGUAUAGGUACAGUAGAUAAAGAGCUCUUCUUAAAGCCACUUUACCCUGGCACUCUCCAGAGGGAAUCACCUGACAGUUUGUUUACAUAAUGUGUGUUUGUAUGUAGACUGUAAUUAUAGGUUGAAUGUGUGUGUGUGCAGUGUACUAACGGCCAGUGUAUGUAUUGUAGCGGGCAUUCCUUUCCUGAUAACGGCGGAGCUGUUUAAACAGUCUCACCGGCCAGUAGCCUACACUGUGGGAGGAUCCCUCAAUUGGAUUUUCAACUUCACAGUGGGCUUCGUCGUCCCCUUCCUACAGGUAACCAACAGCCUCUGCCCUCACUUCAUAUGGCCUCUGUCCUCACUUAACUUGACCUGGCUGUGCUCGUACUUAACAUGGCAUAAAAGAUUCAGGUGCCACCUACUGCCGUUGUGCCCUUGAGCAUGGCACCUAACACCUAACCUGCUCCAGUGGCUCUGCAGUGCAGCUGACACUGUGUUGCUCCAGCCUCUAGUGGGUGUAUGUGUGGUGUCCGGGGGUGGUAUUCUACUUUGCAUGGCCUCAGCAUGGCACUGCUUCUCCCUUACAUGGCUUUACUUGACAUGGCUUUGGCCCCCCACCCAGCAUGACCUCGGUCCAGACUCAACAUGGAGUCUUAUCUAACAUGGUGUCCACCCUCAUCCAGCAUGGCCAAUGCCUUUGCUCAUUAGGACAAUAUGUGAAUUUUGGUUGUCCUAAAUUGCUUACUCUCAAAAAACACAAAUCAAGGCGAAGCACUAUGAACGUUCUAAUCUAAACCGUCUCUCUGACUGUCCGUCCCUCCCUGGUGUCAGAUGUCCGCUGGGUCCUACUGCUACCUAUGUUCUACUGCUUGUGUCUGCGACCUACAGUACGUGUUCUUCGUCAUCCCCGAAACCAAGAACAAGACGUUUGUGGAGAUCAGCCAGAUGUUUGUUUCCAAGGAGGCGGUGCCAGAGACCCAGGGCCUGGGCCAUCCCGACCAGCUCAAACUGAAGAAGAUGAACGGAUACGGAACCCUGGAGAACGGAUCGCUGGUGUUUGACAGCUCCUCCUCCGUCCCCUGA